UGCCAAAACUACCCCCGCCACGUCUCCACGUGGUGGUAGGUGAUCAGUGUGCGACUGGUAAACUGGUAAAUAACUCUUGGACUUGCAGAGAAAGAGAGAGCUUCACUUCUUCAGUUCCAGUGAGCAACACACUGAAGAGCAAAGAGCCUCCUCUUUCAAAAAGUUUAUAGCUUGGUUUUGCUUUGCCUUCUUUUUCUUCUUCUUCAAUGUGGCAAGCGGUUUUAGCGGCAGCAGUAGCAGCCUCCACCGGGCUGCUUGCCAAAAAUCACAUCUUCAACUUCAAACCCGCCACUGAUUCUUCCGAUCCCACCACCGAUCACAAUGCGGAGCCCCACCCAAACCCUAACCCUAACCUCUCCAUCGCUUCAGCAUUUCAGUCUGAGCUGCCUCCCUGGGAGAUCAGCGACUGCGAGGAGCAACCAGAAGGAACGAUCUUUAGGUUUUCGAGCGAGGGUCGGGGCGAGAGUGGGACCCGGUUUCGCUUGAGAAAGGGGGCCCGGUCGAAGAAGAAGAAAGGGGUUGGUGUUGAGGCUGAGAGAUCUAAUGGUGCGGAACAGAGGAGGACUACUAGGAAAGUUGGCGUUUGCUUGAAGAAGAGGAAGACUGGGAAGAGUGUAGCUGCUGCCAAAUGUGGAUCGUCUUCUUCCGCAGAUACCUCCUUAUUUAGUUGGGGACUUAAUGUUGGGAUCAUGUACAUGAUGUCUGCUGGAAAAGCUGAGAUCAAUAAGCUGAACACAGCCAUGGAUGAGACUGCAAGAAUUGUACAUGAAUUAAAAUCGGAGCUUCAUAAAAGAAAAUCACCACAAAAGCUGCAAGCUUCAGGUUCUGCUAGUGAAGACAGUAUGAACGAUCAGACAACUAGUUACAAGCUUACUCAUCCAGGACUAAACAAGUCAAGUUCAGAAAACAGAGGCCCCAAUGACAUGAGAAUUUCCAGUUUUCCUGUGUCUGAUGGCGAAUGUGCAAGUAGUGUUCUUACGGAGGAGCAGGAGCCAGAGCCAGAAGUUAUGGACAUGGAUCAAUUGGAAGCAGAACUUGAGUCUGAACUUCAAAAACUUCCAUGGUGCAUCACGGAAGCUCCUCGCCAAGAGGGAUUGAGUAAUCUGGUUGAGGAUAUUGUCCCUGAGCUAGAGGGACAGGGUGUUGAUACUCAGCAGUUCCAUGGAGUAUUGCCAGCUCAACUAGAUCAGAAACUAUGCCAUGUGCUCAUCGAACAGCAGGAAAGCCAAAUUGUGGAGCUGGAAUCUGAACUUCACUCAGCCCAAUCAAAACUCCAAGAGAAAGAAACUGAACUUCAAUCAUUGAAGGACUGCGUUAGACGCCUGACUGAGUUAUCUCUUUCAAAUGUCUCAGAUGAUGAAACCGAGACACGCAAUGGACAAGAGCAAGCCACUGAUUGGAAUUACAACAUGCAGAGAUCUGAGUCAACAAAACCAACGGUUGGGAUGAAGAGACCCUAUUGAGUCUGAAUCCAAUGCAUGAUGAAACUGCUUCAUAUACAAGUAAGAAGGUAACUUAGUAAUUUACUGGUAGACCAUUGUGGGGUGGGGGAUGCAGGCAGGCAGCAGACAAAAAUGUCAUGGGUGGGCCCCACCGAUCCAGAUCAAAGCAACCCUACAUUUCCUGUGUGUACAAACAUGCAAGUUAUUACAUCUUGUGGGCACCCUACAUUUCCUCUGUUAGCAGUGUCAAAAUUUGCAGCUGUUUUUCUUGCAUUAUGCAGUGCAGCCACAUGUAAUAUUAAAUUCUGAUAUGGUUUAUUUAAAAAAGCCUAAUUGUCUAGAGCA